AUGAGUGUGAGCGGAAUACCCAUUAAACUUUUGACAGAAUCCCAGGGACAUAUAGUAUCGCUGGAGCUAACCACUGGUGAGCUUUAUCGUGGUAAACUGGUUGAUAGCGAGGACAACAUGAAUGCACAGCUGCGAGACGUUACGGCAACUGCCAGAGACGGUAGCGUGACAAGAAUGGACCACGUAUUUGUUCGUGGCUCUAAUAUACGCUUUUUCGUGCUUCCCGAUAUCUUAAAAAAUGCUCCCAUGUUUAAGCAGGGCCCUGUUUCCAAACCUCCGCCUCCGAUCAGGGGUCCCAAAAGGAGAUAA